AUGGUUUUAAUUGGGUCCAUGCAUAAGUUCGAUGUCAAGUCAGACGAGUGGAUUGUUUAUCAAGAACAAUUAGAGCAAUUUUUUGAAGUAAAUAACAUAAGGGACACCCAGACGGACAAGAAACAGGUUGCGGCGUUAUUGAGUCUAAUUGGCUCAGAUACAUACAAAGUCUUAAGGGAUCUAUGCACCCCCAGUUUACCAAAGUCGAAAUCAUACGAAGAAUUAUGUAAGCUAUUAAAGGCUCACUUUUCACCGGCGACUUGCCUCUUUAGGGAGCGCAUCGAUUUUUAUGCUGCUGCGCAGGAGGCGAACGAAUCGCUGAACAAAUGGUACGCCAGGAUUCAUAAUCUUGCAACAAAUUGUGAAUUUGGCACCAAUUUGAAAUCAGUCCUCCGGGAUAAGUUCGUUUGCGGUCUUCAAAAAGGGAAAAUAAGGGACAGGUUGUGUGAGGAGAAGCCAGGCGAAGUAACUUUGGAGAAGCUAAUGGAGAUUGCCCUUAGUAAAGAAGCAACAUUGUUAGCAGUAGAUAAAUCAGUAAAUUUAGUGAAGUCGAAUCCGUUUCAACUGAGGCAGAAGGUAUUCCAGCAGCGUCAGACCCCAUCAGGCAACUCUGUGGAGAAGAAAAUGGGAAAAUGGAAGUGCACAGCUUGUGGAAGACUUCACACCGGACAGCAACAAUGCAGGUAUGCGAGCUACAAGUGCAACAGCUGUAAUAAAAUUGGACACUUAUCAAAGGUAUGUAAGUUUAAAGACAUUAAACAAAACAUGUUGGACUUUGAUACAGAGACUGUUGAAAUAAAUAAUAUUUACUUUAACAAUGACAAACCAAUUUACAUACAUAUUUCUGUUAAUGAACAUAAAAUAUCAUGUCAAAUGGACUCAGGGGCAGCUGUAUCGGUUUUAAACUAUGAUACGUAUAAAAAAUACCUAUCCAAUUUAGAUUUGCAUGAUUCAAACAUCAUUUUAAGAAGUUUUUCAGGAUGUAAAAUUAAACCAGCAGGUUAUAUAGUAGGUGAUGUGCAGUAUAACAAUACUAUUUGCAAAAAUUUUAGUUUUCAAAUAAUUAAAAGCAAUCAGCCUUCAGAAAACUUGUUAGGUAGAGAUUUCUUGGAAAAAUUUAAAUUUAGAAUAACAGCUGAGGUGUUAUCAAUAAGUAAUGAGACAGAAAAUAUUUGUGCAGAAUUUAAACGUGUGUUUAAUAAUUCGUUAGGAUGUUACAAUUAUAAAAAAGUUCACUUGCAACUAAAAGAGAAUAUGCAACCAGUCUUUUUAAAAGCUAGACAAUUACCUUUAGCAAUUAAAAAGAGGGUGGAGGAUGAACUAAAUACUCUUCAAAGGGAGCAAGUUAUCACUCCAGUAGAAACUUCAGAGUGGGGAACUCCAUUAGUACCGAUAAUCAAAAAUGAUGGUUCACUCAAGCUCUGUGGAGACUACAGAUUGACCGUUAAUAGAUAUUUCAAACAAGUGCAAUAUCCAUUACCUUCCGUAGAAAGUAUAUUAAUGGAAUUAAGCGGGGGCGAAUCGUUUACGAAGUUAGAUUUAAGUUAUGCGUAUAACCAAAUCAGCGUAGAUGACGAAUCAGCCAUGAUUUUAACUUGGACCACACACAAGGGGUUAUUUAAGGUGAACAGGUUACCUUACGGCAUCACGCCAGCCAGCUCAAUUUUCCAAAAGGUACUAGAACAACUACUGCAAGGCAUUAAGAAUACGGCAAAUUUCUUAGACGAUAUCAUUGUAACCGGAGCAACUAGGAAAGAGCACGUAGAAAAUCUAAAAGCAGUUCUUAAAAAACUGAACGAUGCAGGGUUUAAGCUAAACAAAACUAAAUGUGCAUUCUUUCAGGAAGAAGUCAGCUAUUUAGGUUUCACAAUUUCAAAGUAUGGUAUAAAGAAAAACCUGGAAAAACAACGAGCGAUCAUUGAAGCACCCAGACCUUCAACGAUUACCCAAGUAAAAAGUUUUGCAG